ACUUGCUAUACGAGUUCGACAGAAUUCAAUAGUUUAUAACACGAGACAAAUGGAGUAAUAUAUAAAUAAUUUAUUCAAAACUCGACUUGCCACCCAUGUCAUGCAAGGCAAAGCCUUCAUCCUCCACAGACUCAAAAGUUAUACUAAUAUUGACUACACAUUGUAUGGUUAUCUCUUACAAUUAUGCAAAGAACAUUGCUUGAUUCGUCAAGGCAAACAGCUCCAUGCCCGUCUUGUUCUUUCUUCAACGAUCCCAAACAACUUCCUUGCUUCAAAACUCAUCAAUUUCUACUCAAAAAAUGAACAUUUGAAAGAAGCACACCAUGUGUUUGAUGAAAUACCUGACAGAAAUACAUUUUCUUGGAAUGCCCUUCUAAUUGGUUACUCUUCUAAGAAUUACCAUGUAGAAACUCUAAAGUUGUUUUCUUUGUUUUUAUCUGAGAAUUUUGAGACACCCCAUGUGAAGCCUGAUAAUUUUACAGUGACUUGUGUGUUAAAAGCUGUUUCUGGGGUGUUGGGGGACUCUGUUUUGGCUAAGAUGAUUCAUUGUUAUGUUUUAAAAAAUGGGUUUGAUUCAGAUGUGUUUGUAUUGAAUGGUUUGAUUGAUUCUUACUCGAAAACGGGUGAUUUGGUAUUGGCGAAAAAUGUGUUCGAUGAAGUUCCUGAAAGGGAUGUAGUGUCGUGGAAUUCGAUGAUAUCGGGUUAUUUUCAAUGUGGGUUUUAUGAGGAAUGCAAAGGAUUAUAUAGAGAAAUGCUGCAUUUAGAAAAGUUUAGACCUGGUGGGGUUACGGUGGUGAGUGUUCUACAAGCUUGUGCACAGUCGAAUGAUCUUAUGUUAGGAAUGGAAGUUCACCGGUAUGUUACAGAGAACGGGAUUGAAGUUGACAUUGCAGUUUAUAACUCGAUUAUUGCACUGUAUUCAAAAUGUGGUAGCUUGGAUUACGCAAGAAAGCUUUUUGAAGAGAUGGCUGAGCCGGAUGAGAUAACUUAUGGUGCAAUGAUUUCAGGCUACAUGAUAUAUGGAUUUGUUGAUCAAGCUGUUAAUCUAUUUCAAGAAAUUGAUAAACCGUGUCUGAGUACUUGGAAUGCUGUGAUAACAGGUCUAGUACAGAAUAAUUUGUACGAGCAAGCUUUAGAGUUCGUUCGAAAGAUGCAGUUAUCAGGUGAUCAGCCUAAUGCCGUGACUCUCUCGAGUAUUCUUCCGGGAAUUUCCGAUUUAUCAUUUGCAAAAGGAGGAAAAGAAGUGCAUGCCUAUGCCAUUAAGAGUGAUUGUAAUCAAAAUAUCUAUGUCGCUACUGGAGUUAUUGAUACCUAUGCAAAACUGGGGUUUAUACAAUCAGCACGGCAAGUUUUUGAUCACACUAACGAUCGGAGUGUCAUUAUUUGGACGGCAAUUAUCUCAGCGUAUGCUAACCAUGGAGAAGCCAAGGCUGCACUUAGUCUAUUUAAUGUGAUGCUGAGUCAUUGCAUAAGGCCAGAUUCUGUUACAUUUACUGCUGUAUUGGCAGCCUGUGCCCAUUCAGGACUGAUUGAUGAAGCUUGGAGAAUUUUUGAGUUGUUGGAGAAGUAUGGAAUUCAGCCUUCGGGUGAACAUUAUGCUUGCAUGGUGGGGGUUCUAAGUCGAGCAGGAAAGCUAUAUGAAGCAGUUGAUUUCAUCAGAAAGAUGCCAAUCGAACCAAGUGCAAGGGUUUGGGGUGCACUACUUAAUGGAGCUUCAGUAUUUGGUGACGUUGAAAUUGGUAGAUUUGCAUGUAGUCGUUUGUUUGAAAUAGAGCCUGAAAAUACUGGAAACUAUACCAUCAUGGCAAAUUUAUAUUCAAAAGCUGGUAGAUGGGAAGAAGCUCAGGAGCUUAGGAAGAACAUGAAAAUUCUUGGAUUGAAGAAGAUUACCGGUAGUAGUUGGAUGGAAACAUGUCAAGGCUUAAAAAGCUUUGUAGCAACAGAUGAAUCAAAUGAGAAGUUUGGAGAGGUUUAUGGGGUACUGGAAAGAUUGCUUGGUUCGAUGAGGGAUGAUGGUUAUGUGAUACUGGAUGAAUUUAAGGAGGAAACCAUGUGACAAAUCUGCUGCAAUGAGCAAGAGGUUGCCGGCUAAGUAGUUUUCUAGGCCAUGCAAGCAAGACUACAGGGUUGCCAUCAACUCUGUUGUGUCAUUAUUCAGAAGAAUGCCUUGUCUUAUCGUGAUGAAGUAGACAGUCAUUUAGCAAGCAUAAUACUCUUCCUGUAGUGAUAGCCUGAAGUCAUUCUGUGCCUCUGUGGUAACUCAAGACGCAACAUUUCAAGCGGUAAAAGUGCUCAAGAAAUAAUUCAAAUGUGGUUUAAAUGUGUAACUGGUAAACAAAGAGACACGUUCAAAAGGACAAACCGAAACCAGAGAGUAUUUUGGUGAAAACACUUUAUGAUCCCCUGGGAAAAGUAUUUGUUUUUCAGUUGAUGAAAUACUUUGGAGAGAGGAUCACCAGCUUCUGGAAGGCCUUUUGGAGGCCUAGCAGUAGAUAUUCUGUUGCUGCAUCGACACGCCCAUCUCAACAAUUACAAUCAUUCAUCCAAGUGACUGAUGCAUCAGAUAGUUCGUGAUCCUAAAGCGCUGUCUACAUGCAACCUAACAAGUAUAAAGAUCUCAGCUUUUAAUGCAGGGAAUGUUGCACAAGUAGUAUUUACCAUUCUUUUUCAUAAAAAGAUGCACAAAGCCCAAAAGCAGCUGUGAGAGAUGAAAAGGGUAAGUGACAAGAGCCCUUGAUAAGUGCAAGCUACAGUGGGGAAUAACUUGCACCUAACUAAAUUAUUACAACUUUGUUUGUAGGGCCAAAAGGUGUACAUAUUUUUCCAUGAAUGGGCCAAAUUGAUAUUUUUGCUCUUAUGCUUGUUGUUUUU